AUGAAGUUCUCAGCUCUUAUUCCUUUCUUUUUGCUUUCUACCGGCAUAGUAGCACGUCAAUCUACUGAUCCUGACGCGCUCAUUGCUAGGGGUGAGUAUCUUAUUGCCCGAGGAGAGCGCCUCAUUGCUCGAGCCAGCAGUAGCAAAACCAAAGACCCAAAGAAGGGUAAAAAGGAACCUCCUGCUGUUAAGUCAGGAUGGAUGGGCGGGCAAUGCAAUCCGGAUACGCAGAUAUGCUCAGUGAUUGGAGCAAAGACUGCUAGUCCAAGGCAUGGAAACCACAUUGUCGGCACGAGGCAAUGCAGCCCUACCUACUACUGCCCUCAAGACCCUAACUUCCGAGGUUGCCAGUUUGCGCCAACAAACCGAGCCGACCCUUACGCUCAGUGUGGUCUUCCAACAAAUACAGCAAGGAGAUGA